AUGGGCCCCUGUACCGCCUCCUCAUGCUGCUGCCAGGCCCGUAAUCUGCCAUGGGCCCCCGUACCGACUCCUCAUGCUGCUGCCAGGCCCGUAAUCUGCCAUGGGCCCCUGUACCGCCUCCUCAUGCUGCUGCCAGGUCCAGAGUGUGUCAUGGGUCCCUGUACGGCCUCCCAUUGCUGCUGUCUCUAUCGCCACACUCUGCCAUGUGCCACUUUCAGGUCUCCUCACACUGCUGGUGGUUUCCAUUUUUGUCAUAGGGUGCUGUAUGGCCUCAUUGCUGCUGCCUCCACCGCCACACUGUGGCUCCACACUCUGGUUUUGGCCCCGUGACUGCCCAAAUGAGUGAAGUGUGCGGUGAUUCUAAGAUCGACGGCACUCAUCUGCAUGUCAUACUGCCUGACAGUAUUAUUUCUCUUCCCCAGCAGACUCCAAGGGCAUUUAAAUUAAAGGUACAGUGUUCAGCACUAAUAUUA